AUGUGGGGUUUGACGGUGAAUGGCAUCGUGCACUUUGCUCAAAAUGUCAUCGCCUUCAGUGAGUCCAUCCCGGAACAGACACCGACAUCUGCUUAGCUAAUCGCGACCCUUGAAAUGCAGGCGUCCUCGGCCUAGUCUCGCCAGUGACGUACAGCAUUGCAGGUCUUUGCAAACGGAUCUUCGUCAUUGUCGUUGCGAUCAUCUGGUUCGGGCAAUCAGUGAGCACUUUGCAGUGGCUGGGCAUCUUUUUGACCUUUCUGGGCUUGUGAGUGGCAGUGGACACCUGCCUCGGUCCGACUGUGGAGCUGACUAGAAGUCACUGCUCUCGGCAAAGGUAUUUGUACAACGACGCAAAGACGCGUUCCAGCAACGCCGCAGGGGAUGCAAAGAUCCGAAGAGACGAUCGGCAGACGCUGCCCGUCACGAGGGGAGAUUUGCCUACGGAGCAUAUCGCUUUGCCACGCCUACAUCACGCCGCUCCACUCAGCAAUCUUGCGCUGGGCCACAAUCCAGAAUCUUCAGCCGGACCUUCACGACCCAGCCAAGGCCAUGGAACAGCAUUUGUGUCGUCAGGCCAGCACGCAAACGCCCGGCACGGGCCCUCGCAUUCUGCAGGCUUCAAGGACUUCAUCGGUGCUGCCAACGCGUCCGAUCCGAGACGGUCUAUACCCACGCCGCCCCCUAGUGGACAGAACAGCGACGAUGGGGCAGACGGCAACGCCGGCCGAAAACGAGAUUAA